UUGGUCACACUGAGUGUCCAUCUCUGUCGGUCCCUUACUCCUCCAGACUGAAAAAAAUAGGAAGUAGAAAAACAAUGCUUGAAUGUGUCACAAAAAUCGACAGUUAGAGGAACGAUGAUCUCUUUCGUUAGCUUGUAAAAUCAAAAAAGUGAUCGUGAUUGAAGGAAAUUAAUUAAAAAUAGUCGACCAAAGUGAGACAGACGAUUCGCAGCGCUAUCAGGCGGAUGAGUCGUGCGGCGACUCGUUUCGCCGUUCACAUUUCACACACCGAAAUUAGAUUAUAGGAUUUAUAAAAAAAAAUUCUCCGAGUACUGCACGAUAUCCCUGGAGAUAGAUAAAUCAACUGCAGUACCUGGGCCUCGAGAUUAUUCCAGCACCCAUAACACAGUGGUUAAAUAGUUAUUUAUUUUUAUUUGUGGUAAUCAAUCGUCCGUUGGAGACGCAUCAGAGCUUGAAAACCGUCGACUUGGAGGUUUUUACAAGUGAGAGAAAAGACGAUCAACGACACAAUACUCUGGGAGUACACGAUAGUGCCGUGCCAAGACGUUACCCGGGUUCCCAUUCGACGCGGGGGCAUUUAUUUGUCGGUUAUAUAGACACAAUAUUCAAUGAAAUAAUGGCUGCGUUGCCAAGGCGGAUUAUCAAAGAAACACAGAGACUGAUGCAAGAGCCUGUACCUGGAAUCAGUGCUGUACCAGAUGACACAAAUGCUAGAUAUUUUCACGUUAUUGUGACUGGACCCGAGGACUCGCCAUUUGAGGGUGGCUUGUUUAAGCUCGAAUUGUUCCUACCUGAAGAUUAUCCAAUGUCAGCACCAAAAGUUAGAUUUAUCACGAAAAUCUAUCAUCCUAAUAUUGACAGACUGGGAAGAAUCUGUUUGGACAUUCUUAAAGACAAAUGGAGUCCAGCACUUCAAAUAAGAACGGUAUUGCUAUCAAUACAGGCACUUCUGAGUGCCCCAAAUCCGGAUGAUCCAUUGGCGAACGAUGUCGCUGAAUUAUGGAAAGUCAAUGAGAGCGAGGCGAUACGUAAUGCCAAAGAAUGGACUCGUAGAUACGCUAUGGACAACUGAUCUCAGCCGAGUUUCAUAAGUCAGCUAAUGCGUUGCCCAGUCCACUCAGAUACUUCGAAUUAUAAUCCUCCUGGCACACUGGCGACGUUCCGUACACCCGUGUCCACAAUUUUUCUAUGCAAAUAAUAAAGUAACAACAAUAAUAAUAAAACACAGUUUUUUGUAAAGAGUUUAAAGAAAAAAAAGAACAAAAAUUGGUACAAUUUGGGUCUGUAUUUUUACGUGUGCCUGGGGAGUUUAAGAAUAUUUCGCACCGUUCAAAAAUGAAAGAUAAAUGCUAAAAAAUUAAUUCGUUGAAAUUCAUUAAAAUCUCGGUCUUAUCAAUGAGACUGUUGAUUACCUUGUGGAUAGAAUUUAAGAUUGAAAUUUCAUUGAAUUUAUUUACCUAGUUUCACUAAAAAUACAUAUAAUUAACUCGAAGUGGUUUCAUGGAAUGAAUUUAGAUUUACGAGAUGAAGGUAAUCCGGAGAAUUUAAUUGGAAUAGUUUCCGUCAUUUUUAUUUUUUCCCAUCAAAUCCUGAAAAUGUAGAUAAUUAAUCAGAUGGUGAAGAGUUAGUGGCCCUAACGUGCUGUGCAAUAAGGCGCCCAUUUCACCCGUCCGAAUAACUGAAACAUCGGAUUGAUAUCACAACUCAACGCAUUUGGUCCAUUGGAACCUGAUUCCAUGUGGUGUACAGUAUUAAGGAUAUAAAGUGAAACAGAAAAACAUUCAUAUGUGCUUAUCAAUGUACCCAGAAAAUUACGAAGAAAAAAAAACAAGCGGAAUUCAAUACUAA